GCCGUCCACCGAUCCACCGAGAUGGGAAGUCGAGACGAGGAACGCGACGGGUAUACCGCGGACCACGGCGGCGCAAGCUGCACAGCUGGGCUCGCUGAACAGCUCGUAUGUCUGCCCAUCUCCCAGUCAUCCGCCCCUACACCUUUACACGAUGUCCACCGCUGUCUCGAGCUCCACGCCUUCCACCAGCACCGGCGCACCCACAGAACCACCCACGCCCACGCCACACGCAGCCGACCUUACAAUCACGCAUGCAGCUGACGCAACAUACACGCGCGGCCUGCGAUCCUUCUUCGAGUACCGGGACCUGGGCGUGCGCGCCGCGACCCGCGGAGGCGCGAUCGCGCACGUCAUCCGCGCCGUGCCCGGGACACACGCGAGCGGCGUACCGCACCGACACGACGCGAAGUUUCAGUUUGUGUAUGUGCUCAAGGGCUGGGUCGAGUUCGAGUAUGAGAGCCCGACUGCCGGCGAGACGGUGCGCACCCGACUCGAGGCAGGCAGCAGCGUAUAUCAGCCGCCGGGGAUUAGGCACCGCGAGAUCGCGCAUUCAGAUGAUGUCGAGAUGCUCGAGAUCUGCACGCCGGGGGAUUUUGGGAGCGAGGAGGUGCCGAGUGUCGCAUAGAGAUGUCAUAUUGUAUCGAGCCUGA